AUGGUAGUGUACGAUCUCAGCAAAGGAUUAAAAGACAUUACAGAGCCCUGUUUCAAGCAAGGAACUCUAAAGCGUCAUCUCAGUAAUCAAAAUAAGGAAACAAAUUUGGACAAUUUGUUGUCAUGGCUGGUUUCUCUAAACACUAUGUGCUCGCUAAAACCAGAAGUGAAUGACGAGAAAAAGAGAGAGAAGAACCUGCCCCACUGUCGCCCUCCAGUAUUCAUCGUAGGAACACAUGCAGAUGAAUCACAUCAAGACAUCAAGGAGGUUGAAUUGCAGAUUCAGCAGGAAAUUUUGGGGAAGGAUUACGAUGGUCACGUGAUUCGUCCUUUCUUCUCUGUCGAUAAUACGCAAGGUUCAGCUGAUAAGGGAGUGAUCGCACUUCAGAAACGAUUGAUUGACAUUUUGAAAGAGGAACCAUAUAUGGGAGAAGAGGUACCAGUUCGGUAAGUUAUGGAAAACACUUGCUCCCUAUCUUAAUGUUUGUCUCUCGACGUUAUGACUGCUUACUCAUGCUUGUCUACUUUAGGUGAUGAGGUCGAAUGAUUAGCAAGUACUUUUCUGCCGCCAGGUUCGUUUGUAUUUAAGUUAAUUCCUGUGAGACGAAGAAGUUGUUCAAUCGGUUGUCCACUAAUUUGCCAUCCUCAUUUUGUGUUUUCUUACCGUGGACAUCCAUUCAUUUCAAUUCCACUAUCCCUGUUGAAAUUAUUGGGGUGAAGCCUCAUCAUGUGGAUUGCUUGCAUUGCCCUACAGUGCGGGAGUAUAAUACCAGCGAGUCUCUAUAAAUCAUCUUUACCUCGUUCCAAAGCAUUCAAUCCUGCUUAGCAAGGCGGGGUGAUCUGCAUGAUUUCCCGUGAGUGCGACAUAGUUUUCAUCAGGGAAACAGGGAGAUCUUUGCAGGAGAAACUUAGACGCUCACCAAACCGGCAGUUUUCCCUCUUACAACAAUGUAAAAUUUAUUAGUUUGGAGUGUUGAGCCUUGGCCUUUCAACACUAACCUGAUUUAUGAUAGGGUGGUGCCGCUUAGCUUAAGGUAUACAAUGUAAUGAAUUCAACCAGCAUUUAUGUAAAAUUGGGCAUUACCUAUUAAUUUAUCGGGUACAGAUGUAGCUGACGUCAUAAUGAAUUUAUUUUCAUGUCUUAUCCAGCGUUUCCAGCACACUUAUGAAUAUGCCAAGGUGACAUUUGGAUUUAUGCGCAGCACCAGAAGGGACACACUAAGUCAUAUUUGUACCAGAUAUACUCGCAACUUUCGUUGUUACUAAUACUGCAAAUUUUACUUAGUUUGUACACAUAUAUUGAAGAUCAUACGCGGCUUCUCCUGAUCGAAACUAUUGCACACAAUUUCUUAGUUAGAAUACUAACAGUGUCAUGUUUUCACUAAUAACUCCUCGUUUAAAAUUCAUUGCGUUGCACUUUCAGCUAACAUUAAAUAUUAAAAAAAAAUCGUGUAGUAAAAGACAAAACUCGUUACCUUAAAUGACCAGCGAUUACAGGGUGCCGCAUUAUUCAAUUUGCACCGAAAGAGGAUCAGACCCUAUGUCAACUGGUUGAAGUCGUUCAUUUGCUUGAAUGUUUUACUUUAGUCGUAGAGAUCCGUCGUGUUUCAGUUAUGCUUUAACUUCCUCUUUAAGAUCUUGUUUUUCUUUUGGUUUUCAGAUGGUUUAACUUCGAGAAGGUUGUCAAAGCUUUAAUUGCUGAGAAAGUGUAUUAUUUAAAACUCGAACAACUUCAAGAUAUUAUCCAGAAAGUUUGCUUCAUUGAAGACAAGGAUGAAGUUGUCACCAUGUUGGAUUUUUAUCAUGACCUUGGCGUGAUUGUCAUGCACCGCAGCACAGUUAUACUUCGGGCUCAGUGGCUCAUUGAGGUCUUCAGACAACUCAUAACCAUUCGUUCUUUUAACGAAAUGGUAAGUGAAACAUAUUCAAGUGCUUAAUUAUAUCCACAUUUACUGUCUUAUGAAGCAUAAUGACUGCAAUCCCCUCCUCAGAAAGCGCCAUCCCACACCGUCAUAAAUUCUCUGCAUUGCCAUUGCCGCAGAAAAUCCGUAACGCAUUUAUUUACCUAGAUGAUGAUUAUAGACUUUUGAUUAUAUUAAACCCAAAAGACCAACUCGGCAUUGCAGAUCCCCCCGUGAGGAUUCAGAGCAAUUUGUUUACACGUUUUUUAGAGUUUAAGGCACUGAUUAACUUUCAUUAGAAUUAUUUUAAUGGCGUGAAAGUGAGUUUUUUGUUGACAUAUGUAGUCUUAAAACUGGCUAAAUAUUAGUGAACCCGAGCCGGAAAAAUUAAAUGUGUGCAAUGAGCGAAGCGGCAGCCAACCCAACUUGCACUUUAACUCGUGUGAUUUUAGGCCUGACAUACGAGUUGGAGCUUACCCAACCUCGUUCCCAGGGCUCUCUCUCUUGCUUUGAGAAAGGACCCUGGUUGCGGCUGGUCACGUGGAAAUGUGUGUCAAUAAAAUGCACAGCAGGCGUAGGUCCUCAAAUACAUUUUGUAGACUGGACGAUGAAAUAUCCUCUGGGGUAGGGAAAAAAUUAUUGCUUCAAAAUGGCGCUUGAGUUUCUGAGUUGCGUGCAAACUCGCUUUCGGCUAGUUACGAUAACAUUAUUUUGAAGGCAAAACAAGUUAUUUGUUUAGAGAGUUUGUACUUGAAAAAAGGUUUGCUCGCCAUCCUGCCAACAGGAUACGAAAAAUCUUGCUCCAUUUGCACAUGCAAAACCAGCUUUUGGUAACUUUGCAUACUCCGCACGUGCAGAUCGUGAAAAGGAAAAGAUAAUGCAAUAGUAUCCUAUUUACAUCGAUCUUACCCGCACCUCCUGUUGAGGUAUGGAAGUCUGGCGGCCACAGAGAACAAUGACAUGUAGAGCGCCAGGUAUCCAGAACGCGGAGACCAACAGCCCAAUCUCAAAGAAAACCCCAUACUAAAACCCCAAAACUGAAAGCUAGAGGAAACUAUCAGACAAAGGGAAAAUUAGGGUGGAAGAGCACGCUUGAAUGAAGACGAGUAGGAGACAGGGAAAGCAGAGACAAAAUCCUUUAAGGCGUUGUAAUCUUCAUAAAUGCGAGAGGCCUCCUGAGACUGCGAAGGUGCAGAAGUAAGUAGGUCAGCUGGGGCCCAAGCCCUGAUAACGUCAGCUAACUUGAGUAGUACAAAGCUGUUUUGGAAUUUGACCAGCCAACGUGAGACAUAAUGUCAGCCAAAGGGGAACCGGAGAAAGCCAGGGUAAGGGCACAGCCAGAACGAAAACUGUGAAGGGUUUCCCCAUCGUAAAUGUUAGCAUCACGAAGAUAUUUUCUAAGGCGGGAGUCGGCCGCGGAGCUUAAAAGGGGUUUAUCAACAAUAUGCCCCUGAGGAUUUGUCGCACGAAAAAAGUACCCAGGAGAUAGGCUAAUGCCAAGUUCACGAGCAAUCGACACAUAAGUUUCAGUACCCUUAAUAGGGCAUGAUGCUGGGUUGGGGUGACGGCGCAUACCAAAGAGGUUGCAGGCACCAUCCCUCAAAGUCUUUCCUCAAAUGUGAUUAAAUAAGAAUCCAUUGUCAUCAGGGAAACGAGCAAUAUCCGAGGUCUUAACUUACCACAGAUCCCCGCCACGUUCACCAGAAAAGAAAAGAGCCUUGAAGAAUGCUUGAUCUCUGGCGGUGACGAACAUCUCAGUUGGCGAAAGGGACGAGAGGAGAAGACCCUUUUCGAUCUGUCGAGAAAGCAAAAGCAAUUUGUCAGCAAAAAGUGGCACAGCCUGCUUGGGGGCAAUGCUGGUCCGGAGUUGCUCAGCGGUGAACUCUUUAAGGUACUGCUUUACUAACAAAUCGGAGACCGGGUUACCAAAAAGGAGAGUCCUAUUCCAGUCACCUUGACGACCAAUGUCGGAAAAUAUAGAGCGCAACUUGCCAAUGUAUGAAUCAACGGUGGAGUAUGCCAGUCGCAAAGGGCACUUGCAAGGGAAAGAACCCCCGUGACCAAGAUGUGGACAUCCUAUGUUGUGGACUUGGGUUUUACCUUUUGAGUCCUUGAAAACCAAAAAGCGGCAAACAUCUAGGGGGUGGCAUCAAAAAAGGCUUAUAUUGCCAGGGAGGGCGUAAAGAAAGCUCAGCCUCUAAAGAUUGUUUCUGCCAGGAAUAAGCGGACGAAAGGCUUGCUGUCUGUAGAGAGCUGAUACGUAGAUCAAUAGCAGGGAGGUCGAAACUGAAUGCCGUGGGAACGGGUGUGUGAACACGACGCCUAGCAUAACCACAAUUUUGACAAACUUGAAGAUAUGGUCAUUGGGACAGUGGCAAGAUGGGCACGCAACUGCUGGGACGAAUAAGCGCGGAACAUGAGGAAGAGCCUAGAGAAAAGGAAGAAUGGUUAGAGGGGUAUGAGAUAGGAGACAAAAAGAUACAGGAGGUGCCAAAAAACUGAAUUUUAAUUAUCACGCGUAACACAUUCUCAUUACAGUAGCUUAUGUCCCUAUGAAUAGCAAAAAGUCCAAGAUGACGAACCAAUGUAGAAAAAUUAUGUGAACAGACUUAACCGAAUUUUUAUUUUUUUCUAUUCAAGAAUAUUCUGAAGCGGAUCAAUACGAAACGCCUACAAAUCCCAAGGGAGGGGCGAACGCGGAAAAAAUCCUUCAGAGGCGGGGGGAAGAACCAUUCCGAGGGUACCCUUGGGAGCAAGUCGGAAAGACAAAUAUGAUUGCAAAAGAGGCCACCAGAAUUUUCGAGGACGAAUGUCAGGGACAACAGUGGUACAAGGAAAGGAUUGACUUUUAACAAAACGGCAAGACGUGGGGAAUGAGAAUAAUAGGGGGGGGGGGAACAUAGGGGUUUGAAAAAACGUGGCCAUGGUUGUAACGACGCUGGGCAAACAAAUUGGCCCCUGAAGAACCGGGAACAGGAUACGGAGAAAAUAAAGGAAACGGGAGAACCAUCCAGAGCGCACUGCAGAUUAGAAGGGAGAGCCAUCAAAUCUGCGGAGUGACCAAAUUGGCCACCAAAUCUGGCUUGAACUUGACCCCAGGCAAAAGGGGAAAGCUUAGAAUCCUGCAACGACAAAACGGAGGGAGGAGGGUCCGCGGGAUUAGCAGCGGAGGGAAUGUAAAAGAGAUUGAGGUGAAUAUUACAAGAGGAAAUGAUCCCAAAGACACGCUUUGAGGCGACGACCAGGUCGCGAGACUUUGCACCUUGACGCCGCCAGGAUGAGAUAAGAACCUGGCUAUCAGUAUAAACAUCCACCCAACUAUCACGCAAGGAACCGGAAAAUGCAUCCAGGGCAUUGGCGAGGGCCCAAGCCUCCUUAACAUUAAUGUGGAGAUGACUUUGAUCAAAAGGCCAGUAAUCCCGAAUGGUGGCUGAAAAGGUAUCAGGGCCAACAACACAGCCCCAAGAAAAGGAGGAGGCAUCUGAACAUAACUUGACCUGAUGAUGGGUCUCCAAAAGCCAAGGAAUGUAGCCGGACGAAGACUCGAGAAACAACCACCCCUCAAGCUCGUGUUUCAAUGGGCCAGUAACUAGAAUAGGCUUAAAAGAACCGUGACGUUGGCUCUUCACAAUAGCAUUAUAGAUAUCAUUGAGAUAAAGACGAGCCCCGGGAACUGCCAAAGAGAGGGAAAUACACUUUCCAGAGAGACGCUGAAGUGUCUUAAGAUCUGUAGAAGGCGAACUAAGAACAGAGCGUAAAAGAGAAAGGAAGUUUUGCUUCUUUUCCUCCAUAAGCAAAAAGGCUUGAUGAACAGAAUCCACCAAAAAACCAAGGUAAGGGACUACCUGCUUAGGAACCAGGUGUGAUUUCUUAAGACCAAUAAAAUAACCAAAAUCAACUAGCGUAUAACAAAGCACGAAAAUAGCGGAGCAAGCACGAGUAAAUGAUCUGUCCGCGUCUGAGGAAAGAGAGGCGUAAGCCGAGGUCUUAGGGGAGAGCUGAAUUUCAUCCGUAUGACGGUCCUCAAUUUACAAGGAGCAAGGUUUAAGGAGGGAAGGAAAAUAAUGAGAAGCGAGACCUAUACAAUGGUAAAUACAGGCAGACGAUUUCCGUCCUAAAGGAAUGGUGUUACUAGUGAAGUGCCAGCCACCCCCCCUGGAAACCAAAAUAUGGACGGCUUUCAGGGGUAAGCAGGACGUGAUUGUAGCCUGAUUUAUCGUCACAGACUGAUUGGAAAGAAGAUGGGAAAACGUAACGCGGGAGCCCUAAAAGUGAAUCAAGCCGAAAUCAAGAGACGAUAAAGGGGACAGAGAAGGCAUCCCCCCCACACACCCUAUUCCACAGGUAAUUCGUCUCGAGUUAUUUUUAAGACCAUAGAUCCCAAGGGUGAUUAGACAGCAGCCAAUCACAUAGCUCGAAUGUGUUCCGCGUGGAUGACCCACGCUCAGAGCCACGCGUCCUUCACGAAUUGACGCAGAAAAAAUGGCGGAAGACGCGGAGAGCGAUAUUGCUAUUUGUUUUGUCGACGAAAACGACUAAAGAGAGAUUUCUGCUAAAGCUGUGUCAGCGAAACGGAAAUUAAAAAAGAAUCGCCCUUCCUCUCUUGCAUAGAGCUAACAGUACAGCAGGGAAAUCCUUAACACACUGAAUAUUCUCUCAGGAUCAUUUAUAAUUUAUAGUUUGAAGAGAACAAUUUCUAGUUUGAUAUUUAUUCCUUUAUUAGUCUUUUAUUAUUCAACAAAAAUAACACUUGGCGUCCUGCUUGCUUUAUUGUACAAACAACCGGUUUCAAUAGACCGGCGACAUUUCUCAAUUUAUUAAAGCACUGAGGCUACGACAACUUCGAGUUAAACUGAUUUCUCGGGUUGCCAAAGAGUCUAGCGAUUCCCUUUUCCCAGGUGAGCGCCGACUCAUUUCGCUUCAAUAUUCAGGAAUGUUUUAGAUCUCUUUACGCUUUCAUUGCUUUUCGCCCGACAUGUUUUGCAUGGCGUUUAGUCAUGCGAAACAUCCACGCAGCGCGCGAGGUAACUUUAUCCCGAUUCUAAAAAUAACUCGAGACGAAUUACCUAUGGAAUAGGGUGUGUAUGGGGGAUGCCUUCUCUGUGCCCUUUAUCCUGUCUUGGCCGAAAUGGCAUGUCCCUGAUCCACAAAUUGAGAAAACGGUUGUCAUUACAUAAACGGGGUUUGGACGGCUGAAGGACUGAUAACACUUGUAGGGUCGAAAUCCGCCGUAAAUUCCCACUGUGGAAUGGUAGGAGAGGCACCCUUAAAACGCUUGGAAGGGGGCUAAAAGAAAAGGAAAAAGGGCAAACAAAAAUGGAGAAGGUAGCUCCGGGAAGAAGACGCCGGUAACGAGGCAACUGACGAAUAAAUAAAAUUAAAAUACCGAUUGAUUAAAAUUCCAUAACAGGGCAAUGAAUUACAUGGGCCAUCAGUUAACAAACAAAUUAAUAAAACUGGUCAUGCCUGAAAGCAAACCAAGUAAAAUGCCAACUCCAUAAAGUGUAGCAACUAUGCAAAGCGCAAAGCGUAACAAACAAAAUUAAGGAACUUCUAACACCGAAAAAAAACAAAACAAAACAAACUAAAGCAAAUUGAAUUAUCACCAGAAAGAGUAAAAAUAAAUAAUACGACAAACACCAGUCAUAAGGAACAAAAAUAAGCAGAUAAGAAACUAGAUGCCAGCAAAACAAAAGCGAAAAACUAAAGCUAUUUUACCAAGCAAACUCUAUUGUAUAUAAAAGUAAUAAAAAUGCAAUAAAUACAUCGGCCAUGAGGCAACAAAAAAUUAAGAAUAUCCUGGACCACAUUAGCCUGUGGAGCACGAGAUACCUGAGGUCCUUGUGACUGGGCUUCGUUAGCAGCUGAAGCAGCCAUAACCGUUAGUAGUCGAAACUUCUAUCGAAAUGGAAAUGAAUGCAUUUGUGCGAUCCCUCUUAUACUCGCUUGGGUAAGAACGCUGUAAAUAGUGCAAUAGUCAGGUUUACAUGAAUUACAUCCGCUUUGAAUGUUUCGGCUGGUGUACGAUAUACCAAGUGAAUAGCUGACCUCGUUCCCCUCAAUACUAUUUUUUUUUUAAUGCAAUACUAUUUUGGGGGGGUCUUGUUGACCUUUUCAAAUACUCGCGCCAUCAGCCGAUAAUAAACGAGGCGGCAAUCUCCUCUCGGGCCUUGACAGAGUAACUUUUGUCAUAGCGACAACUGUUUGCUCUUCUUCCCUCCCUUAUUUUUGGCUUCCAGAUUCUGGGAGCCACGUGACCAGCCGCAACCGGGUUCUUUCUCGAAGCAAGAGAGAGGACCCUGGGAACGAGGUUCGAGCUUACCUUAACGUCAAACGUCUUAUUUAUGACGUCAACGUCUUUUAUGUGUUCCACCAAAAAAGGUGUAUUUAUUUCACAAGCAACGAGAAAACAACGAGCAAAUGAACAAAAAACCUUACGAUAUCCCUUUGCCGGCUUGCCUUUUGCAAAUUAACUCUAAAUGGUGUCAAAGGAUAACUAGUACUUGUCUAUAUCUGCUGAAACUCAAUGUAUUAUGUACUAACCAGGGCCCAAUUGUUCGAAGGUCGAUUAGCGCUAACCCAGGGUUAAAUUUCAACCCAGGUUUCUUUUUCUUUUGUUCAAAAGAAUUGUCCCGGAUUAUUUUCUCUAUUCUUUUUAGGGCAUCAAAUCAUCAAACCGCAGGCAAAAACAAUAAAACUGAUUUUGCUUUUUGAGCUUUGAAAUCUGAAUUCAAAUUUCGCACUAAUCCUGGGUUAUCUUAACCCUGCUUUGAACAACCUGGCCCAGAUGUAUUAAUAAAUGUACGAUCCUAAGCUUUACAUUACCUCUCCAACUGAUUACGGGACUUGCACUUUCGAGGCGCCCCUCUUCGGGAACUUACUUCACCGCCAAAACAUUUACCUAAUCCAUACUUGUUUUAAUUCUGCUUAUGUUCGCACCCUGUAGUACAUCUAAAUCCUCUAUUUCGGUCUUUGAAGUAGCACCCAAGAAAAAGAUAAAGACGCUAAGGUCGUUAAUAGGUAUGACGUUUUGUUAAUCCCUGAUUCCCUGAAGAAUUGCCUUCUUUUGGUUUUAGGAACCAAGACAUUCCCAGUUAUGGAAAGAAAUGGAGAAGACAGGUUCCCUACACAUGGAGCUAGUUGAUCACGUGUUCUCCAAGUGCUGUCAGCAGCAAGGUCUGAUCAAGGAAGAUAUCCUGAACAUGAUGGAGCAGUUUGGAUUGAUCGUCAAGUUUAUCACCUCGCCAACAAAUGAAAUGUACUUUGUACCCUGUCAACUAAAGACGCCACCUGAAGACCUUUGUGAAAUGGAGCCAUCACAUUCAGAUCCGUGUCCAUUGUACCUGCACUUCUCGGGGGGUUUUGUUCCUCACGGUUUCUUCUGGCAGCUUGUGUCACGAAUCACCAAAUGGUACACUAAGAGUGGAUUCAAGCAACCGCCGAGAUUUUUUCUCGCGGCAUCCAGGUUUGUCAUAGAGAAGAAUUCCAUUCAUCAGUUGAUUCUUUUGCGCAAGAAAAGAUUCAUAAAGGUCACUUUGACGCAUUCAGAGCCAGUCCAAGGAGCAUCAUUCAACGAAGUAAGAGAGGUGGCGAUUCUUGUGCGAACGUUAUUGGAAGAUACAGUACAAGACCUUAGACGUGAGCUUCCUUGGUUGAGUAACUUAAAGUGUGCUUUUUGUGUUGUAUGUCCUGGCUGUCAGCAGAAGGAAGAAAUGUGUUCAAAUCACGAUUCCGUUUCAUGUGACCACGAGGAUUGUCUGUGUCUUCUUAAAACUCUCGAAGAAGGGCAACUCAGACCUUGUUCAAAUAGCCUCUGCGUUAAAGUACCGACAGUUAUUGGACUGGAAAAAUGGUUUGCACUCAAAGGUUAGAUUACUUGAUACCUAAGAAUGCAUAUGUACAAAUGUAGGAAAGGGAAAUCAGACUCUAGUCACAGAUGGAAAUGAUAGUAAAAAGUGAGAAAAAAUUGCUUUUUUAUUUUUUUUUGUUCCGUCAAGAAACGUUAUGUUAACUUGAUAACUCUGUCUUUUCUCACUUGCCAACCAGAACGUCACUAGGCACUCGACUGCCGUUCGUGUUAAUUCAAGAGAUACUUGUGGAGAACAUUGCGAAACAACAAAAAGUGGCCGUUGGUCGUAAUAACAGGGCGGUAGUGUUAACGAGUUUGUAGAAUAAGGAAAUAACCGGACUUGUUUGGGCCAGAAAAACGUAGUUUGUCGUGUAACGGGUCACACUGUAUAUGUAUAGAUUCAGCCUGUUAUCUAAUAUCUAGUCCAAUAUAUGUUAAAGUCGUAUUUGUUUAACUGAAAUUCAGGUCAGCAAUAGAUAAUACUGAGAGACAUAUCAAUUUUAUCUUUCCCCUUUUUUUGCACAGUUAUCCGUCCUGGUUAUCAUCCUGGUACGGACGACGUUUACAACAUGACAGCUCACCCAAGAGGAAGAACUCUGAUCAUUAAUAAUACUUCGUUUGGUGAUCGUGAUCCUACACUAUCAACUCGCCAUGGCUCAGAGGAAGAUGUUCGUCAAGUUGAAACGCUAUUUACUGCCCUUGAUUUUACGGUACGAAAGAAAGAGAACCUUACAAGGCUACAACUCUUAGACGAACUCAGCAAAGUUGCUUGCCAGGAUCACAGUGCUUAUGAUUGUUUUGUGCUGUGGCUCAUGAGCCAUGGCAGAAGUGGUGAGGUGUUCUGUUCUGACGGCAACACGAUACCUAUUCAGACUCUUCAAGAUAUGUUCAGCAGUUGCGAUACGCUAAGCGGUAAGCCAAAACUGUUUUUCAUCCAGGCGUGCAGAGGUGACGGAGAAGACGAGGGGGUGUCUGUUGCCGCUGAUACCGAUAUUUCAUCUUACGAUCUGCUUUGUCCCAACCAAGUUGAUUCCCCUAGUGACGCAGUGAAGAAACCUGCAUCCAAAGUACCCACACAUGCAGAUUUCUUGUACGCUUUUUCCACAGUGGAUGAGUAUGUGUCGUACCGGAAUGAGGAUCUAGGAAGUCUCUAUGUUCGCGGCCUCGUUAAGGCAUUCCAUGAACGUGCAGUUUAUGAUCACCUUCUCGACAUUUUAACAGUAGUCAACCGGAAAGUCGGUAACAUGGAAGCCGAGCGACCAUCAGGGAAGAAUAGGAAUGAAAUCAAACUGUGUAAACAGAUGCCUGAAGUUAAGCACACCCUGCGGAAAAACGUUCGUUUCUAG